GGGUUGAAUUUUGUGGAUGUCAACUCUGCAGAAGAAAAUUAGGCCAAGGUUAUUUCAUUGCAGUGUUGCAUACUCGAGACAGAAUCAAGAAUGGCUGCACCAACGUCGGCAUUUGUGCGAGGGCAUCGGAGGACAGGAAGUGAUAUUCAGUUCAUCGAGAGAACCCGUCUAGAUGCCCAGAAAGCCAUGAACAAGGAGCUGCAGAAGCUGAUCCAGACAGCGCCACCUGGAUUACAGGAGAGAAUUCGGGCAGAGUUUGACGAGUUUGAGAAGCUGUUCGGGCGAUACCUACAGGAGGCUGGUCACGCCAUCCAAUGGGAGAAGAUCAGACUAGCUUCACAGGAAGCCGUAAAGAUGUACAAUGAAUUAAAAGUUCCAGAAACCAGCUCCAUUAAAGACCAGCUGAAUAAACUGGUGGUCGUCAAGUUAAAUGGAGGGCUGGGAACUAGUAUGGGAUGUAAAGGACCAAAGAGCAUUAUAAGUGUCAGAAAUGAUCUGACAUUUCUGGAUCUGACUGUUCAACAGAUAGAGCACUUAAACAAAACAUAUGGUACGGAUGUCCCAUUGGUUUUGAUGAACUCAUUCAACACUGAUGAAGACACCGAAAAAAUUCUCAAAAAAUACAGCCAGGUCAAGGUCAAAAUCUUCACCUUUAACCAGAGCAGGUAUCCACGAAUUAGUCGAGAAUCCCUGUUACCAAUAGCAGCAAAUUUCAGUGCAGAUUAUCUAGAGAGCUGGUACCCCCCAGGUCAUGGCGAUGUUUACCAGAGCUUAGCCAACUCCAACCUAUUGGACCAGUUUAUCAAAGAUGGCAAGAAAUACCUCUUCAUGUCCAACAUUGACAAUCUUGGGGCAACAGUAGACUUGAAUAUUUUAAAUUUUCUGUUGAACCCCAACUCAGGGCCAGCUCCGGAAUUUGUGAUGGAAGUCACUGAGAAAACAAGGGCUGAUGUAAAGGGCGGGACUCUUGUGGAAUACGAGGGAAAACUCCGACUGCUAGAAAUAGCUCAGGUCCCCAAAGACCAUGUUGAUGAAUUUAAAAGUGUCAGUAAAUUUAAAAUAUUCAACACUAACAAUUUAUGGAUAAGUCUCGAUGCCAUAAAGAGGGUGGUGGAAGAUAAUACGUUACAUAUGGAGAUUAUAGUCAACCCCAAGACCCUUGACAAUGGAUUGAAUGUACUUCAGCUAGAGACAGCUGUAGGGGCAGCCAUCAAGAGCUUUGAAGGUGCUAUUGGUAUCAAUGUCCCUCGUCGCCGAUUUUUACCUGUGAAGACGACCUCUGACCUUCUGAUUGUGAUGAGUAACCUUUACAGUAUGAAGACGGGAUCCCUAGAGAUGAACCCCAAACGAUCCUUCCCCUCCGUACCUCUAGUCAAACUAGGCUCUCACUUCACAAAGGUUAAAGACUUCCUGUACAGAUUCUCUAGUAUACCUGACAUGUUGGAACUUGAUCAUCUCACAGUCUCAGGGGAUGUAACGUUUGGCAAAAAUGUCACACUCAAGGGUACAGUAAUUAUCAUCGCUAACCAUGGCGACAGAAUUGACAUUCCUUCAGGUGCCGUGUUAGAAAAUAAGAUUGUGUCUGGAAACCUUCGUAUUCUGGACCAUUAAUUCAUGUUGCCAUAGUAACCGUCCGAGUGUUGCUGGUCACACUCGAGAUAAGUUGUAACAGUUUUAUAGUGAGUUUGCUGCUUUUUAUGGAUUUAUGAGUAUAAGCAUAAUGUAGUAAAAGAACAUUGAGAGAUCAUUUUGAAUUUUAAGUUUAAAAUGUUAUUCUUCGUGAAAAAUCCACAACUGACAAGCUUUAUAUCCUAAUAUAAGAUGAUGUCAUUGUUUGCUGUUUUAGUUUAGUAACUGGCUAUAUUGCUAGCUCGUUAGGGAUUUAAACUAAUUGUUAAAUGACUGCCAGAUGUUAAUUGUCAUAAGACAGUUGUUAUUUAUGCUUUUUUAGCUCACCUGAGCUGA